AUGUCCAACAUCUUUCAGCCAUUCUCCUCAAGUCCUCUUCAUCGCAGUCUCUACGAUCAAGAUUUUAUUGACGCCGGUUGCAAUGCCACUCAACUGGGUGCAUCCUUUCAGUUUGUCCAAUUGACUCAAGUGGACGACACGGUGGGCACCUGGGCCACCAAUUAUGCCAUCCUUGCUUUAGGAGUUUUGGGUGCCUUUGUGUUUGGUUGCAUGAAAGAUCCUUUGAUCAAAUAUCGGCGGUUUGCCUUCUCCUCCAGUUACUUUGGAUUUUCAGGUUUGGGCUAUGGAGUGGCGGCCGUCAAUCAUCAAAUUCGACAAUUGGAAACGGAACCCAAAUUUUAUUGGGCCGCCUAUAUUUUGACCACAAUAGGAGUCAUGGCCUUGCAGUUGCAAAUUGGCAUGAAUUUCAAGGCUUCGAACAAUCCAAGACAUUGGUAUUCCUUGUUGGUAUGCCUCGUUGGAUUUGCCGUCAUUUUGGUGAUUGCCGUCUGGGGGAUUCAACUCGUCGCGGGAGGUUACUUAGUGGUCUCAUAUCUAUGGUUUGUCCUUUAUUUUGCAGUCAUAAAAGAUUGGAUGGCCAGUCUGGGAUCUAUAGUCUGUAUAGCUGGUUUUGUGGUGCAAUUCUUGUUCGACCCGACCUGUGGCACGGAAGCGUAUCCGGAUUGUUUCCAGGACUGUUUUCUUCCAGAUCCUUCCACCUUUAACCACAAUGGCCUUUUUCAUGUCUUGUUGAUCUUGGGCAUGUUCUUGCAACUAUUUGCAAGAUUUGUACCAAUCAUCGAACAACAGCAACAAGAAGAAGUACAAGAAUCGGAAGGAGUUAGACAGGACAGUAAGGUAUCGAUUGAUGGGGGAGAAGUCGAGCCCAACAACAGUGCGUAG